GAAUCUGAUGAUGAAUCUAACGUACACAUAUGUAAAAUAUCACAUCAUUACACCAUAUAUAGCUGUAUAGAAUAUACUCCGAGUAAGAUGGAUUUGAGCAACACAAGGAUUGUAAAAACCAUAUAUAACACGUUUAAUUUUCUCAGUUUAACUGAUGAUGGCAAGCUAUAUUACAAAAUCAUUUGCGACAAACGUAAGAGAAUACAUCAAAUAGAUAUGCAAGAGAAGAUUACAAGCAUGGGUUGUGGAAGGGAUUUUUACGUAGUAGUUACCAAUAUUGGUAAAAUAUACACUUGGGGAUUAAAUUGGGACAACUUAUUAUAUUUCACAAAAGAGCCACGUGAAGUAACCGCACUUUCAGACAAAAAGAUUGUCAAGGUAGCCACUGGAAGUGAUUAUAUACUUGCUCUAACCGAUAAAGGGAAAGUUUACGGCUGGGGUUCGAACACUAUAGAUAGACAAUUGAAUCUAAAUAAGAGAAAAAACUAUUCGUCUCCUAUCAUGGUGAAUAUAGCUAAUGUCAAAAAAGUAUCGGAUAUCGCCGCCUUGAAAACCAAAAGCUUUGUCAAGUGUAGCGAAGAUGGACUUGUCUACAUAUUGGGUUAUUUUGCAAAGACAUUCAUUAAAAAACCUCUCGUCUGUGAAUAUACAAACGUAUUUAACGUAUGUGACUCGAUGACGGCAUACUCGCCAAUAUCCGUGACCCAUGAAUUCACGAAUGAUGAACUUGACAUAUUAAAUGAUUUGGAAACUGCAUUCAACGAUCGCUUAACGAGUGAUCUUGCGAUAGAAGUCGAGGAGCAAUCAAUUUACGUUCACAAGACUAUCCUGAAGAUGCGUUGUACAUAUUUUAGAAACAUGUUUCAAACUGAUUACAUUGAAAGCAAGCAAAGUAUCAUUAGACAUCAUUAUUAUUCCUAUAUCGUGUACAAAACCUUUUUAAAAUAUUUAUAUACUAACAGAAUCGAUUUAUCAUCUAUAGAUGACUUGUUAGAACUUUUGCAACUAACUGAUGAAGUCUGCGAAAAAAAUCUCGAGACGGAUUGUAUACGAACAAUAAAAAAGGCAAUUACUGCAUCAAAUAUCGUAUAUCUCAUUAAUCUUAUUGACAAAAUGACAAUAGAACAUCAUAAGAAGGAAUUGGAGGAAUAUUGCUUCAAGUUCUAUUUAAAAAACAUGACGGAUGUGAUGCGGACCGGAAGUUUCAAACAACUUGAUGACGAAACAAAAAUACGUCAAAAUAGGGCCUCACGGGAUCUUUAUAAGUUUGACAUUAAUACAGCACUGAUGGUAUGUCCAAAUGCGCAUGCGUCAAAAGAUGACUCGCCUAACAACACUGGUGGGUAUAAAGAGAGUGAAGCCAAUCCUGGUUCUCCUUCCUGA